AUGACCAGCAAAGGCCCUGGAAAGGUGAAAUACUGGCUUGCUGUUCAGCUCAUGGAAGGUUCUGGAAGGUGUUCUGGCCGAGUCGAGGUGUAUUUUGAAGGCAUGUGGGGCACAGUAUGUGACGACCUAUGGGACAAGAAGGACGCGCAGGUGGUGUGCCAGCAGCUGGGCUGCGGGAUGGCCAUCUCCGCCCCUGGAGAGGCCUACUUUGGCCAGGGCUCUGGCCCCAUCCUUCUGGAUGAUGUGCAAUGUUCUGGGACUGAGGCCUCCUUGGAACUGUGCCCCCACGCUGGCUGGCUCACUCACAACUGUGGGCACGGGGAAGACACUGGUGUCAUCUGCUCCGAAUAUGAACAUGAAUCCCUGGGCGAUUUUGACUGGCCACAAAUACAGCUCGUGAAUGGGUCAGGCAGAUGCUCUGGGCGAGUGGAAGUUUUCUACCACGGCCAGUGGGGCAGAGUUUGUGAUGACCAGUGGGACAUGCAUGAAGCCGAUGUGCUGUGCCGGCAGCUGAGCUGUGGGCGUGCCCUCGCAGCUCCCACUGAGGCACAGUUUGGCGAAGGCAAAGGCGAGUUUCUUCUGGAUGAUGUGGACUGUACCGGGACAGAGAGUUUUCUGGGACAGUGUCCCCAUGCCGGCUGGCGACGGCAUAACUGUGGUGCCGGAGAAGACGCCAGUGUCAUCUGUGCAGUUCUUCCUGUGGCUGACUCUGCAGCUGCCAAUCGCAGAGCCAAUGUGCCUGGGCUCAGCCCACCAGAAGCCUGGCCCAGGCUGAGACUGGUGAAUGGCACUGGAAGAUGCUCUGGAAGGGUGGAGGUUUCCUACCAGGGGACCUGGGGGUCAGUGUGUGAUGAAGGCUGGGGCCUGCCAGAGGCACAGGUCGUGUGCAGGCAGCUUGGGUGUGGCCUGGCUCUGUCUGCCCCCCUUGGUGCCCACUUUGGCCCAGGCUUUGGAAAGAUCCUCUUAGACAAUGUGCACUGCACUGGCACAGAAAGCAGCCUGUCCUUGUGCACCCAUGACAGCUGGUUCACUCACAACUGUAGCCAUGAGGAGGACGCUGGAGUCAUCUGCUCUGGGUCAGUCCCUAAGAUCCCUCCUCUUGUGUCUCCGCCAGGAGCCUGGAUAGCAGUGAGGCUGCUGAAUGGCACAGGGAGGUGUUCAGGCCGCGUAGAGGUCCUUGUCCAGGGAACGUGGGGGACGGUGUGUGACGACCUCUGGGACCUGGCCGAGGCCACUGUCGUGUGCCGCCAGCUGCAGUGUGGCCAGGCAGUGGCAGCCCCCACAGGGGCCCACUUCGGAGCAGGAUCCGGGGAAAUCCUGCUGGAUGACAUGCAGUGUGUGGGCAGCGAGAGCCACCUGGGCCAGUGCGCGCACAGGAGCCAGGCCAGGAACAACUGCGGGCACCUUGAGGAUGCUGGAGUCAUCUGUGCAGGUGCUGAAGAUCCACCAAGCCCUACCCCCUCUGCAGGCUCUGAAGCUGUGUCCACAGGGUACACGCUCAGAGGUGAUGGCCCCUCAGCUCCUACACCCUCAACAGGCACCCCCAGUUUUCACUCCACACUCACCCCAGCAGAUGCUGAUGUGUCUCCAGGCUUCAUCCCCACCACGGAGCCUGAAACUGCUGCCUUGGUCCAUAAACUCCCAGGUGAUGGAUUGACAGCAGCCUCCCACACACCGCAGCCUCCUCGCCUUCCUUCCGCACCCACAGCAGCAGGACACCAGAUGGAGGUGAGGCUGCUGAACGGCACAGGGAGGUGCUCAGGCCGCGUGGAGGUCCUUGUCCAGGCAACAUGGAGGACGGUGUGUGACGACCUCUGGGACCUGGCUGAAGCCACUGUCGUGUGCCGCCAGCUGCAGUGUGGCCAGGCUGUAGCAGCACCCACAGGGGCCCACUUUGGAGCAGGCUCUGGAAAGAUCCUGCUGGACAAUGUACAGUGCAUGGGCAGUGAGAGCCACCUGGGGCAGUGCGUGCACAGGGGCCAGGCCAGACACAACUGUGGGCACCUGGAGGAUGCCGGUGUGGUCUGCACAGGUGCAGAUGGUUCUCCAGCCCCCAUCCCCACCUCAGAGCCUGAAGCCACACUGCUGUCUCGCAUACUCCCAGGAUGUGCAUCUUCAACCACAUUUCCUUUCUCCGAAUCUGCUGCCCUGAAACUGAUGCUCAGCCCAGAAGUUAAGGUUGCCUCAGAGACUUCCUUGGCCAAAAUCCCUGCGUCCUCUACACUUUCAUCAACAGACUCAGAUCCAGAGAGGAUAGAAGAAAUAUCUCUGACACCAGAGGCCAGUGCCCAGUGCCCCUCUCCUUUGUGUCCCCCGGGAGCCUGGAUGGAGGUGAAGCUACUGAAUGGCACAGGGAGGUGUUCAGGCCGCGUGGAGGUCCUCAUCCAGGGCAUGUGGGGGACGGUGUGUGAUGACCUCUGGGACCUGGCCGAGGCCACUGUCGUGUGCCGCCAGCUACAGUGUGGCCAGGCAGUGGCAGCCCCCGUGGGGGCCCACUUCUGGGCAGGAUCUGGGAUGAUCCUGCUAGAUGAUGUGCAAUGUGUGGGCAGCGAGACCCACCUGGGCCAGUGCAUGCACGGGAGCCAGGCUGGACACAACUGUGGGCACCUGGCGGACGCUGGUGUGGUCUGCACAGGUAAGAGGUGUUCAGCAGUGAACAAGGCCUCUCUUUAUUUUGCACUCACAGGUCAGGCAUUAUUGGCACCUGUGUCUACCACAGAACCUGCUGCACUUCCCCUGAACCCCACUCCAGCAGGUGAUGGAUUAUCUGCAACCAUAGCAAUAACAGAUCGUGUGACCCUGCAACCUACACCCCCUCCCCUGGCAGGAGCAUGGAUGGGGGUGAGGGUGCUGAAUGGCACAAGGAUGUGCUCAGAUCCUGUGGAGGUCUUCAUUAAGAGCAUGUGGGAGAUGAUGUGUGAUGACCUCUGGGACUUGGCUGAGCCCACUCUUGUGUGCCAACAGUUUCAGUACAGCCAGGCAGCAGCAGCUUCUACAAGGGCUCACUUCGGGGCAGGCUCUGGGAAGAUCCUGUUGGACAAUGUUCAUCUUGCCCGGGGGCCACUGCCCUCCCUGAUAAAAGAGUGUGCUCUGCAGUUCCAUCUACAGAGUCCUCCACCUCCAGGUGCAGAUUCUCCAGACAGUAUAUCAGUAGCUGGAGGAAAUCUCUUCACAUUCUCUCUCUGGCCUGCAACUCCACAGACCACACUCACACCUACAGAUGCUAAAUCAUCCACCUCCCAACCAGAAGGUGCAGAUUCCACAGUUGUUCUGCCUAAAGCCCAUGAGCACCUGUUUCCCACACCAUCAGUGACGUCAGAGGCUCAAAAACUACCUUCUGCAUCAUCAGGAGGCUGGGUCCCUGUGCGGCUGGCAGGCACCAAUGAACGUUGUGCAGGCCGUGUUGAACUUUUCUACCAGGAAGCCUGGGGGACCGUGUGCGAUGAUCUCUGGGACCUUCCACAAGCAAACAUCAUCUGCAGGCAGCUGGGAUGCGGCUGGGCUAUUUCAGCCCCGCCUGAGGCCUACUUUGGGGAAGGCUCUGGGAAGAUUCUCCUUGACAAUGUGCACUGCAGGGGAACUGAGCAGCACCUUGAGGAAUGUUCCCAUGUUGGCUGGUUCUCCCACAACUGCGGUCAUGGGGAAGAUGCCAGUGUGAUCUGUUCAGAUGCUGAAUAUUCAAUGGUCCCACCACCAGAAAAAUCUCAGUGUGGUGGCACUAUUACUAAGUCAUCUGGAGCGAUUAGGAAUCCCCCAAAGAAUGAAAUGCAUGACAACAUAACCUGCGUGUGGGAGAUCAAGGCAAAUGCAUCUGAUCACAUACUGCUGGCAUUUCCAUAUCUCAACCUUGACUGCACCAAUGAAUAUUUUGAAAUCCUGGAUGGCCCUCCAUCUUCAGCAAAGUCCUUGGGGAAGAAGACCUGCUCUGGUUUCUACCUUACCUACUCAUCCUCCUCUAGCUCAGUGACCCUUGUGUACUUCCGAGGGUUCAACAACAUAGGGAAAAACUUCAUUGCUUACUAUUAUUCUGCAACCAAAGAGUCAGUAUCGAAGCCCCCAUAUCUAGUCACCAUCCCGAUAACAUCAGCCAUCCCAACAACAACAGUGAUCCCAACAGCAACAUCCAUCCCAACAGCAACAGCCAUCCCAACAGCAACAACCACCCCAAUAGCAACAGCCAUCCCAAAGGCAACAGCUAUACCAAAAGCAACAACCAUCCCAAAACCAACAGUCAUCCCAACAGCAACAGCCAUCCGAAAACCAACAGCCAUUCCAACAGCAACAACCACCCCAACAGCAACAACCAUCCCAAAGGCAACAGCUAUCCCAAAAGCAACAACCAUCCCAAAACCAACAGUCAUCCCAAAAGCAACAACCAUCCCAACAGCAACAGCCAUCCCAACAGCAACAACCACCCCAAAAGCAACAGCCACCCCAAAAGCAACAGCCACCCCAACAGCAGCAGCCACCCCAAAAGCAACAACCACCCCAACAGCAACAACCAUCCCAACAGCAACAGCCAUCCCAAAAGCAACAACCAUCCCAACAGCAACAACCAUCCCAACAGCAACAGCCAUCCCAAAAGCAACAACCAUCCCAACAGCAACAACCACCUCAAAGUACGGGGUGGGGAGCUCAGGCACCUCCUGCAAGGGUGCCAUGCUCCAGAGGACAGUCACCAGGUUUCCAUCUGCAGAGGGCUGGCCAGAGCUGCGGCUGAUGGAUGGUUCUGGACGCUGCUCGGGCCGUGUGGAGGUCCUCUACCGGGGGGCCUGGGGCACUGUGUGCGAUGACCUGUGGGACCUGAAUGAAGCUGAAGUUGUAUGCAGACAACUGAGGUGUGGCCCGGCCAUCUCUGCCCUUGGGAAAGCCCACUUUGGCCCAGGGUCAGGGCAAAUCCUCCUGGACAACCUCCAAUGUGCUGGAGUGGAGCGCUUCUUGGGCCAGUGCACCCACUCAGGCUGGUCGGAGCACAACUGCGGUCACCACGAGGAUGCCAGCGUCAUCUGUUCAGGUACCCUCUCCCCUCUCAGAUGGGGGCCCUCACACACCACCUCUCUCUCUGCAGGGAACUGGCCAGAGCUUCGGCUGGUGGGUGGCUCUGGUCAGUGCUCAGGUCGUGUGGAAAUCCUCCACCAGGGAAUCUGGGGCACUGUGUGUGAUGACUUGUGGGACCUCAAUGAAGCUGAAGUUGUGUGCCGGCAGCUGGGGUGUGGUCAGGCUGUUUCGAGCCCUGGAGAGGCCCACUUUGGUGCUGGCACAGGAGACAUCUUACUGGACAACCUCCAGUGCUCUGGGGUGGAGCAUUUCCUGGGCCAAUGUGCCCACCUGGGCUGGUCAGAGCACAACUGCGGCCACCAUGAGGACGCUGGUGUCAUCUGCUCAGAUGCAGAAGACAUGUCUCUACCUACACCUCCAGGAGGAAGUAAUUCUUGUGGAGGGGUCAUUUCUAGUCUCUCUGGCUCAUUUUCUAGUCCACAGUAUCCAGAAAACUACCCAACAGACAUCCAGUGUAUUUGGGAGAUUCACGUGGAUAAAAAAUUCCGCAUAGAACUCAUGAUUCCAAGUUUGAAACUAGAAGAUAUCCUUGGAUGUCCCUAUGAUUCAGUGGAGAUCUUUGAUGGCCCCAGGAUUGCCUCAUUGUCCAUGGGGAAGUUCUGUGCUCCAGCAGCUGUGAUAUUUUUCUCCUCCUCAGAUAUCAUGACAGUGGUGUUCCGAAGUGAUUCCAUGAUAACCAACACUGGCUUUCAUGCUCUGUUCAAUGUGGUUCCACAGGGUGAAAUCAAGUCAGAAGAUGCACCAGUGGUGCGGCUGGUGGGCAGCUCCAAUCGGUGCUCAGGACGCGUGGAGGUCCUCCACCAGGGGACCUGGGGCACCGUGUGCGAUGACCUGUGGGACCUGAAGGAAGCCGAGGUUGUGUGCAGACAGAUGGAGUGUGGACAGGCAAUUGCUGCUCCUGGAAAGGCCUACUUUGGCAGAGGUUCUGGAGACAUUCUUCUGGACAACAUCCAGUGUUCAGGAAGUGAGAACCAUCUUGGCCAGUGUCCCAGCUCUGGCUGGUCAGACCACAACUGUGACCACCACGAGGAUGCCGGUGUGGUCUGUUCAGGUACCCUCUCCACCAACUGUAUAUUCUUUGUACAAGAAAUCUCAGUGAUGAACGGAGGUCAUGCACAGAACAGAGCCGGGGAAUCUAAGGACAGUGGCCAACAGAUGAACAUCCUUUCAACUAGAUGCUGGGAACUGGGUUUCCGAUGUGACUCCUGCACCCUCAGACUGGAGGACAUCUAUGGGUGCCCUUACGACUUUGUGGAAGUGUUUGACGGAUGGCAAGCUGCCUCACUCUCCAUGGGCAGGUUUUGUGCUGGGACAGAGCUCACAUUCCUCUCCUCCUCAAAUGUCAUGACCGCAGUGUUCAGAAGUGAUGGCAUGAUCACCAACACGGGCUUUUAUGCCCUGUACAACACUGUGCAGCAAGACGAAAGGGAGAAUGGUAUGUCCCUGCGACUGGUGAAUGGCAGCCACAGGUGUGAGGGCCGGGUGGAGGUAUACUACAAUGGCACCUGGGGCACAGUGUGCGAUGAUAACUGGGACCUAACAGAUGCCAGGGUGGUGUGCCAGCAGCUUGGCUGUGGCGAGGCCCUCUCAGCUCCAGCUCACAGCCACUUUGAUGGAGGCACCGGCCACAUCAUGCUGGAUGAAAUGCAGUGUACAGGGGAUGAGGCUAAGUUGUGGCAGUGCACACACGAAGGAUGGCUCUCCCACAACUGUGGGCACCAUGAGGAUGCCAGCGCCAUCUGCUCAGGUGUUGAUGGCAAUAAAAAUGGAGGACCAAAAGAUGAAGAUUUUCAUUGUGGUGGUUUGCUCACAAACAAUUCAGGCACUUUCUCCAGUCCUUGGUACCCUAAAAAGUACCCCAUAAAUGUGAUAUGUGCCUGGGACAUACAAGUGGACAAAACCUCUCAUGUCAAACUUACAUUUGAAGUGGCCAAAUUGGAAAAUUUCUAUGGCUGUCCAUAUGACUUUGUUGAAAUCUUUGAUGGCCCACAAAGUGAAUCUUUUUUGCUGGGAAGGUUCUGUUCCAGGGCAAUCCCAACAUUUAUCUCCUCAUCAAACCGAAUGACAGUGGUGUUCCAUAGUGACUCAAUCAUCACCAACACUGGUUUCUUUGCAUCUUAUGAGUCCCUGGAGCAAGAUGAGAAUGACACAGAUGUGGCCCUCAGGCUGACCAAUGGUAGCCACCAGUGUGAAGGCCGUGUGGAGCUACACUACAAUGGCAGCUGGGCCACAGUGUGUGAUGACAGCUGGGACCUCCGUGAUGCCCAGGUGGUGUGCAGGCAGCUAGGCUGCGGCAGGGCUGUGGCAGCCCUUGGCCAGGCACAUUUUGAAAGAGGCGUGGGCCCCAUCGCCCUGGACAACGUGGAUUGCGUGGGGACAGAAGCCAGGCUGUGGCAGUGCCUGCACAGUGGCUGGUUCACCCACAACUGUGGCCACCAUGAGGACGCUGGCGCCAUCUGCUCAGGCUCUCUGCCUUACACAACACCAUCAGCUGCUGUGAGUUAUUUAACUUCAGCAUCUUUUUCAAAGCCACUGGAGGUGCCCACAUCAACAGAUCUGCCCAACAUCAGGUUGGUGCAUGGGAGGAGCUAGUGUGAAGGGCGAGUUGAAGUCUACCACAAUGGCACAUGGGGUACUGUGUGCAAUGAACUCUGGGCCCCCAAUGCUGCCCACGUGGUGUGCUGGCAGCUGGGCUAUGGAGAAGACAUCAGUGCCCUGGGGAGUAGCCACUUUGGGGAGGGUAUUGGGAGCAUCCUCCUGGAUGACGUGCAAUGCCAGGCCAAUGAGACCUCAUUAGGCCAGUGCUGCCAUCUGGGCUUGUCUGUCCACAACUGUGGCCACCACAAGGACACUGGGGUCAUCUGCUCAGAUGCGCCCCUGCGCCUGGCGGCCGGGCAGAACCGCUGUGAGGGCCGGCUGGAGGUGCGGUACCAGGGCGAGUGGGGCACGGUGUGCGACGACCACUGGAACAUCAAGAAUGCCCGCGUCGUGUGCCGCCUUCUGGGCUGCGGCCGCGCACUGGGCGCCCCGGGUCGUGGCCGCUUCGGCCCGGGCUCUGGGCCCAUCCUGCUGGACGAGGUGCGCUGCAUGGGCUCAGAGGAUGCGCUGGAGAGCUGCAGCCACGCGGGCUGGGCGCGCCACGACUGCCAGCACCACGAGGACGCAGGCGUGAUCUGCUCAGCUUUCCUCCAUGCACAGGCCCAGAUGGAUACGUGUUCAGGCUCAGGUGUCCUCAACAUGGGAAGUGAGCUGUCCUUUAAACCUUACACAGGCUCUCCCUCACGGUCCACAGGACAUGUGCUAUGUUUCUCCCCUCCUACAGCACAGCUUUCCUGCAUGCCCCACUUCUUCCAAGCUGUCAUUGACCGAGGCUACCUCCGAAGACUGGGCUAUUCCUCCUGGGAUGUCCACCUAAAUGAUAAACUGUGUCGCCCCCACAUCACUGGGCACUACCUGAUCUUCAACUUUCCCUAUGGCCACUGUGGCACUGUCUGGCAGAAACACCAUGGCUCCCUCAGCUACUCCAACUCCAUCAGAGGCCACAUAAGGGGCCAUCCUGGCAGAGUCAUUGUGCGGCACAAGGUGCCCCAGGUGAAGUUCACCUGCACAGUGGACAGCCCAUCUGCAGUCGAAGUCGUUCAUGAGGAUGAUGGCACCCAGACGGAGGAUACCAGCUACGAUGUGUCCAUUAUAUUUCAUCAGUCACCUGCAUCCCAGCAUAAUGGGCACAUGGCACUAUAUGGUGGCCAGAAGGAAGAGAUAUUCCUCCAGGCCACCCUCCAUAGCCCCAAUCCCAAUGUAAGGCUCUUCGUGGAUACCUGUGUGGCUUCUCCAAAUCCCAGUGAUUUUACCACCAUCGCACACGAUUUGAUCAGGCAAGGGUGUAUCGUAGACAGUACCUAUGUCAACCUCCAUUCUUCACAGAAGAAUGUGGCCCGGUUCAAGUUCAAUGCCUUCAGUGUUCUUGAUAGCUAUGAUGUGGUCUACCUGCAAUGUAAGAUCGCCAUGUGCAGGGAAAGGGACUACUCCUCUCACUGCUCCCAGGGCUGUGUGGAGCAUAAAAGGAGAAAUGCAGAUCCCUUGGAGCUCAAGGAAGAGCAGACUGAGCAUUUCCAGAUAGUGGGACCACUGGAGAUCAACAAAGCAACCGGUCAGAGCAAGACCUGAGUGUGAUUUCUCCAACUUGUAUGUGAAUAUAUUCGAAAUUAGGAGCAGUCUACUUCUUGCAGUGAAGCAAUGCUUGGCAAAUCAGAAGUGAUACUCACAGAGAUAGGCAGGAAAAACAGAAAUAUUGCUUCUCUGAGGUUUGUUACUAAAUAAAUCUCUAACUACUGCACUGCUAAGGCAGUUACCCUUCUAGGCUAAAAAUGCUGACUUUCUAAUUCUUCCCUAUCAAGAUGUUGAUCAUUGUCUUAAAGUGUACAAAAUGUUAUUAAAAACAGGGUGUUUCCCUCUACCUCAUGGCCAUUUUAAAGACUUUAAAAGUUGAUGACUUAUUAUUCAGAUACUAAUAGGUGGAUCCCUGUUUGUCACUCUGGUGAUGUAAGAAUUUUCAGAUCUUACUAAGAGUCUUAUGAAAAAUAAACUAAGUGUCUGUCAGGAAGCCACUGCUGAUUUUUCUUUAAACUCUAGUAAUGUGACAGUUGAAUCAUACAUGUCAUUGACUCAUCAAAACAAGCUUUAAUUGUUUUGUUUCAAGGAAAACAGAUUAGAGCCCAGCUUUAUGGGGUUGGGAUUUUAAGUACCUGCUUUCUGACCUGCCAGCUGCUCAUGUGGUAGUGUUCUCAGUCUGUUUCUCAGAUCAUGCAUCAUCCAGGAAACUUGAGAAGUACACAGACAAGGAAAGAGCCACAUAUUCUAAUGUGCAUCUGUUAAAGGAGGACAGCACCUGCUUUUUCUAUUUCCUGUGACAGGAAGACACCAAUGCUAGCCUUGCUACUCUCAGGAUAUCCUGUAAAUACACAGACUUGAACAUUGGUGGUUUUGUUGUUUGUUUUUGCUUGCUAGGAAAUAUUUAUUAGCAAUAUUUAAAAUAUAAAUUCCCAUCUCCAAGAAAUUAUUCCAGUUUUUAACAAUAAAUACCAGCAUAAGAGAUGAAACUACAGUAUUGUGAAGUCCCACAAAGCAAUGGACACUGGUGCAUCCUGGGACCAA